AUGAUUUUCACGAGUAUCUUCACCACGGCUGCGCUGCUCGCUGCUCAUGCUGCCGCUCAUGGCGCUGUAACUAGCUAUGUAAUCGACGGAGUCACGUACCCAGGCUACGAAGGCUUCGCCCCUGCCACCUCCCCCAAAACCAUCCAACGCCAAUGGCCAGACUACAACCCCACCCUCAGCAUCACCGACCGCAAAGUCCUCUGCAACGGUGGAACCUUGGCGCCCCUCAGUGCCUCCAUCGCGGCCGGCUCCAAGAUAAAGGCAAUCUGGAAGCAAUGGACGCACGAGCAAGGCCCCGUAAUGGUGUGGAUGUACAAGUGUUCGACUGGGGACUUCAGCACCUGCGACGGCAGCGGGAAGAAGUGGUUCAAGAUUGAUGAGGAGGGCAUGACGGCGCCGCCGCUGAGUGGGCGGAAUUGGGGUACGGCGAAAGUGAUGAAGAAUUUGAGUUGGGAGUCGAAGAUUCCGGAGGGGUUGGCUCCCGGUAAGUAUCUGGUGAGGCAUGAGCUGUUGGCUUUGCAUCAGGCGAAGACGCCGCAGUUUUAUGCAGAGUGUGCGCAGCUCGAAGUCACCGGUACCGGCACCGCCCAACCCAGCAACGACUACCUCGCCACUAUCCCCGGGUACGCCGCACAAAGCGACCCCGGCGUAACUGUGGAUACAUACAACAAUGCUAUUACCACGUACACAUGUCCCGGGCCCAAGGUGUGGAAAGGGUAG